AUGGAGUACGAGGUCCCGAGGAGAGCUCGGGUCACCCCCUCCGUGGCCGCCACCUCCGUGGCCGCCGCCGUCCAGGGCGGCGCCCCUCCCCCGUGGCGCCGGGCCCAGUUCCGCUCGGGGUGCAGGCCGGACGCCUCAUCCCGCGCCCCAGGCGGAGCCCGUCACCCCCGGUCGCGCUGCCCGGCCUCCCCGGCGCGGUUUCCCCGGGGGAGGGCGGGAGGGGCCGGCACCCCGGCGGGAGGGCGGGGGUGGGGGGAGCGCGCGGGGCCCACCGCCCCCCCGGCCGGGCUCUCGCCGCGCCGGCCCCGCCGCGCCCGGGACCGCAGGACGCCUAACGAGAACCAGAUGUGGGGCCGCCGCCGAGCUUUCUCGGAGCCGGCGAUUGGGCCCGGGCGCGGGCCCGCAGCCAAUCAGCGCGCCGGCGCGGCCCGGGCCCGCCCCGCCGGGGCGCCCGCGGGGAGCGGGGCUGGAGGCCCGCGCGGCGCGGCUCGCUGGCUGGCUGGCCGGGCCGGGCCGGGACGCGCGGGGCGGUGGGGCGGCGCGGGCCGGGACGGCAUGCGGGGGCCCCGGGGGGAGCGGGCGGCCGGGCGGCCAGCGCGGCUGCUGGCGCUGCUGGCGCUGCUGGCGCUGCCGGCCUCGGCGCUGCGCGCGGGCGAGCUGCUGCCCCACGGGCGGGCGCGGGGGGACCAGCUGCUGCAGGAAGGCGACGACGAGAGCUCCGCGGCCGUGCGGCUGGCGCGGCCCCUGCGCUUCUACGACGCGCGCUUCCGCGAGCUCUACGUGGGCACCAACGGCAUCAUCUCCACCCAGGACUUCCCCAGGGAGACCCAGUACGUGGACGACGAUUUCCCCACGGACUUCCCGGCCAUCGCCCCCUUCCUGGCCGACCUCGACACGAGCCACGGCAGGGGCCGGGUCCUGUACCGCGAGGACACCUCCCCGGAGGUGCUGGGCCUGGCCGCCCGCUACGUGCGCGCAGGCUUCCCGGGCUCCGGCGCGCGCUUCGCCCCCACGCACGCCUUCCUGGCCACCUGGGCGCAGGUGGGCGCCUACGAGGAGGCCACGCGCGGGGCCCCGCCCUCUGGAGAGCUGAACACUUUCCAGGCAGUUUUGGCAUCUGAUGAGUCGGAUACCUACGCCCUCUUUCUUUAUCCUGACGAUGGUCUUCGGUUCUUUGGAACCCGCCCCAAAGAGUCUUACAACGUCCAGCUCGAGCUUCCGGCCCGGGUGGGCUUCUGCCGAGGAGAGAUCGAUGCCCCGAAAAGAGAGGGACCGCAUUUCAGCUUGACUAGCACUGAACAGUCUGUGAAAAAUCUUUACCAACACAGCAACCUGGGGGUUCCUGGAGUGUGGGCUUUUCACAUCGGCAGCACCUCCCCGAUGGACAACGUCAGGCCGGCGACGGUUGGCGGAGACCCUUCCAAAGCCCACCGCUCGGCUCCCCCGGGAGCUCCGCGCGGCCAGGCUGCGGCCCCGGAGGGUGACCACACCGAGGACGAUUUGGAUUACUAUGAUGAGAAUGAGGAGGAGGUCGAAUACCCCCCGGCUGAGCCAGAGGAGGCAGCCGAUGGCCACGGCGCGGUGGGUGUUUCCUUCCACGCGAAAGCUGAUUCGAGGCCGUCAGGAGGCGGGAUGUCUCCUCCAGACGCUGACCUGGCCUCCCCUUUGCCACGUGCAACAUCUAGGAAUGGGCCUGAAACAGAAGCAGACCCGCAGACCACAGAGGGGAGGCCUCAGAGGGAGAUAGAUGCCCCAGAUUUAAAAGGCCACGUCGAGGCUCCUGAUCAGCCGGGGACCGGCAUCCCUGCUGCACCAGAGACAGGAGAUUCACCGCAUCCUUCCCGGGAAGCCCCGCCUCCCUACCCAGAUGGCGGGGCGCGGCCGGCAGAGAGAGCCGGGCCUCCAGCGCACGCGGGAGGAGGAGAGGCGGUCCUCCCAAAUUACCCGGGGCCGGAUCACCUUUCGCCCCCGGGUCGCGGGAGGCAGGUGGUCGGCGUGGAGGACGACAUCACUUCCAACCCUGAGGUCUUCACGUACAACGCGGCCGACAGGGAGACCUGCCAGCACAACCACCAGCGCUGCUCGCGGCACGCCUUCUGCACUGACUACGCCACGGGCUUCUGCUGCCACUGCCAGUCCAGCUUCCACGGCGACGGGAGGCACUGCCUGCCUGAAGGGGCACCUCAUCGAGUCAAUGGGAAAGUGAGCGGGCACCUCCGCGUGGGCCAGACGCCCGUGCGCUUCACCGACAUGGACCUGCACGCGUACGUCGUGGGCAACGACGGCAGAGCCUACACCGCCAUCAGCCACAUCCCGCAGCCCGCCGCCCAGGCCCUGCUCCCGCUCACGCCGAUUGGAGGCCUGUUGGGCUGGCUCUUUGCUUUAGAAAAGCCCGGCUGGGAGAAUGGCUUCAGCCUCACAGGUGCUACCUUUGUCCAUGACAUGGAAGUUACUUUCUACCCAGGAGAGGAGAGGGUUCGAAUCACUCAAACUGCUGAGGGGCUGGACCCAGAGAACUAUCUGAGCAUUAAGACCAACAUUCAAGGCCAAGUGCCUCACAUCCCAGCGAACUUCACAGCCCACAUGGCUCCCUACAAGGAGCUCUACCACUACGUGGACUCAGCUGUGACCUCCACAAGUUCCAGGGCCUACUCUCUCACGUUCGGUGCCGUCAACCAGACACUGUCCUACCGCAUCCACCAGAACAUCACUUACCAGGUGUGCAGGCAUGCCCCCAGACCCUGGGCCACCCCCGCCACCCAGCAGCUGACCGUGGACCGGGUCUUCGCCUUGUACUCGGAUGAAGAAAAAGUGCUCAGGUUCGCUGUGACCAAUCAGAUUGGCCCUGUCGAAGGGGACUCAGAGCCCACCCCAGUGAAUCCUUGCUAUGACGGGAGCCACACGUGUGCCACCACGGCUCGGUGCCGUCCGGCGACAGGUGUAGACUACACCUGCGAGUGUGCAUCCGGGUACCAGGGCGACGGCCGGAGCUGCGUGGAUGUAAAUGAAUGUGCCACGGGCUUCCAUCGCUGUGGCCCCAACUCUGUGUGUGUCAACUUGCUGGGAAGCUACAGGUGUGAGUGCCAGCGUGGGUACGAGCUCGCCGCCGACCGGCACACCUGCACCUCGAUCGCCCCGCCUCCCAACCCGUGUGAGGAAGGCCGUCAUGACUGUGCACCCGCCAGCCAGGCCCGCUGCAUUCACCACGGGGGUGCCUCCUUCAGCUGCGCCUGCCUGCCUGGUUACGCCGGCGACGGGCACCAGUGCGCGGAUGUUGACGAAUGCUCGGAGCACAGAUGUCACCCCUCGGCUGCCUGCUCCAACACCCCUGGCUCCUUCUCCUGCCGUUGCCAACCUGGAUAUCACGGGGAUGGAUUUCAGUGCACACCUGAAGACUCCCCGUCUGGACUGCAGCCCUGUGAGCUCCAGCGGCGCCAGGCCCAGGCCCAGGGCCCCCGCCCCGGGGCCCAGCUGCACCGCCCGCAGUGUGACGAGCAGGGCCGCUUCCUGCCACUGCAGUGUCACAGUAGCACUGGCUUCUGCUGGUGUGUGAGCCCUGACGGUCAGGAGAUCCCGGGCACCCGGACCCCGCCCGGCUCCACCCGGCCUCACUGCGGACCGCCAGAGCCCACCCAGAGGCCCCGGACCGUCUGUGAGCGCUGGAGGGAAAGCCUGCUGGAGCACUACGGCGGCGCACCCAGGGACGACCAGUACGUGCCCCAGUGUGAUGACCUGGGCCACUUCGCCCCGCUUCAGUGCCACGGGAAGAGUGACUUCUGCUGGUGCGUGGACCCAGACGGCAGAGAGGUGCAGGGCACCCGCUCGCAGCCAGGCAUCACCCCUGCGUGCAUACCCACGGUCGCGCCACCCACGGUGCGGCCCACGCCCCGGCCCGACGUGACCCCUCCGGCCGUGGGCACCUUCCUGCUCUACGCUCAGGGCCAGCAGAUCGGCCACGUGCCCCUCAAUGGUACCCGGCUUCAGAAGGACACGGCCAGGACCCUGCUGUCGCUGCAUGGCUCCAUCGUUGUGGGAAUUGACUAUGACUGCCGGGAGAGGAUGGUGUACUGGACAGACGUUGCUGGACGGACAAUUAGCCGCGCCAGCCUGGAGCCGGGAGCAGAGCCCGAAACCAUCGUUAACUCAGGUCUGAUAAGCCCCGAAGGACUUGCCAUCGACCACUUCCGUAGAACGAUGUACUGGACAGACAGCGGCCUGGAUAAGAUAGAGAGGGCUCGGCUGGACGGCUCUGAGCGCAGGGCCCUCGUCCACACGGACCUGGUGAACCCCCGCGCCAUCGCUGUGGAUCCCAUCCGAGGUAACCUGUACUGGACAGACUGGAAUCGAGAAGCUCCUAAAAUUGAAACAUCAUCUUUAGAUGGAGAAAACAGAAGAAUUCUAGUGAAUAAAGACAUUGGACUACCCAACGGUUUAACCUUUGACCCCUUCUCCAAACUGCUUUGCUGGGCAGACGCAGGAACUAAGAAACUGGAGUGUACACUACCUGAUGGGACUGGACGGCGUGUCAUUCAAAACAACCUCAACUACCCCUUUAGCAUCGUGAGCUAUGCAGAUCACUUCUACCACACCGACUGGAGAAGGGAUGGUGUUAUAUCAGUAAAUAGAGACAGUGGCCAGUUUACUGAUGAGUAUCUUCCAGAGCAGCGAUCUCAUCUCUACGGGAUAACUGCAGUCUACCCCUACUGCCCAACAGGAAGAAAGUAAAUUAUUAAGGACUUGGAGUUUACAAUCGGAAUCUGGACCCUAAAGAACAUUUACUGCGAACAAAGGUGAAAAAGCAAUUGGCCAUUAGACGUUCCUGGACAUACAAGGCCAACAUUUUCAGUGCAAAAAGACUUAAGUAUAUUUUCUGAAAAGUUUAUACCUCAAUCUUUACUACUGUAUUUUUAAAAAAAGUUAUUUCAAGUUUAAAAAAAGUAACAGAACUUUAAUUGUUGCUUAUUAAAGCAACUUAUAAUAAACAUUUAUAUCAUAUUUAAAAGGUCAGAUUCAGUGAACUAAGACCCAAUUAGAGAAGGUUAAGACCCUGAAUCUGAUGAUUGCUGUGGAUUCUUUCUGGCCAAGAAAUUAAAGCACACGUGAUGAGUAGAAAAAUACAACCCUGAAGAUCACAACCCCUGACACAGAGGAGGCUAUGCAGACCUGGUGGGAAAGAACCAACUUAUUUAUAGUUUCCCAAUAAAAGUUCUAAGAUUUUUUUUUUUU